AAUUAGCAUGUCUUGCCCAUAUUAACCGCAAGGGGAGCAACAUCUCACUUUUCUUCACAAUCUCCACUGAACUCUCAUUACGACACGCAAUUUAUCCUCAUCAUUCACUGAAUUCAUGAUUUAACGGUGUGACAGUAAAGCCACGAUGAGGCCUGUAGCUCAACUGCUCCACAACAAGUUUGUUGUAGUGUUAGGAAGUUCAUUUCAGCGCUCAGUGUACAAGGAUUUAGUCCUAAUCCUGCAGAGAGACUCAUAUUUAAGCUUAUCCCAGUUAAAAACUAAGGGUGAGGUUUCGUUUGAGCAGGAUUGCCUGGUGGAAGGCGGCCGGUUGGGUCAGAUGAAUAACGGCACUGCGUACAGAGAAGUGAGACAGUACCGUACUGAUCACCACUUGGUCCGCUUCUAUUUUGUAACGCAAGUUUUCUCCCGAUAUAUGGAGAGUAUCCUAGCUGACUUUGAACAGGGCAUUAAACCAGACCUGGUUAUAGUGAACUCUUGUUUGUGGGAUAUAUCCAGGUACAGCCGUCAAUGGGCUUCAGAGUACAAGGAGAACCUUAACAAGUUCUUCAGGAAGUUAAAGGCCAUUUUGCCUGAAGAGAGCCUGGUUGUGUGGAACAUGACAAUGCCUCUGGGAAAGAAGAUUGUGGGAGGUUUCCUGGUCCCAGAGAUUCAGCACAUGGGUCCCACAUUAAGAUUCGAUGUGAUCGAGGCGAAUUACUUUGGAGCCACUCUUGCCAAUAAUUUUGGCUUUGAUGUGCUGGACUUACACUUCCGGUUUCGUUUCAGCCUGCAGCACAGGAUGCAUGAUGGUGUGCACUGGAAUUCUGUCGCCCAUCGCAAAAUCACAUGCCUCAUCCUGGAGCAUGUGGCUCAGGCGUGGGGAGUGGAACUGCCAAAACUUGACCAGAUUAAUGCAGAUACUCACCCACCAUUACGUGAGAACCGUAGUUGGCAAACGGCUCCUGCUCGCUAUCAAGGUCCGGUCUGGACACAGGGCCAAAGGAUGAGGCAGUUCAGUGGCUUCUGUUCACAGUAUAGCAAUGAUGAUUUGCCUCCCAACUCGACACGUUACCAGAGCUUUGAAAGGAAAGCCUUCUACAGAGGAUCGUAUAGCAACCAGAGAUGCUUUUAUCCUCCAGUGAUGCCCGCCACCAACUACUAUAAUGGUCCGGUCUGGACACAGGGCCAAAGGAUGAGGCAGUUCAGUGGCUUCGGUUCACAGUAUAACAAUGAUGAUCUGCCUCCCAACUCGACACGUUACCAGAGCUUUGAAAGGGAAGCCUUCUACAGAGGUGCUAAUAAUGCUGCCCCCUACUGGCCAGUGAACAACUUGGUCAUGAAGCAGAAACACCAAAAACCACAUAACCGAGAGAGACGGCAUCCCUACAGAUAUUAAAUCCAUCCAGACAACAUCUCAUUGUGUAUGACUGUAAUAUGCAACACUGUUGCAAAAUCUCUUCCUUAAAAAAAUAUUAAUUUUGUUGUACUUUUGUCUUUGUAGAUUUUUAAUAAAAAAUGCAUACACUUGUUUGGUCAACAGAUAAAAUCUGCAACAGUGUUCAUCCAAACCAGCUCUGACUACAAACUGACAAAUGUAAAGUAUACUCUGAUCUCAAAAAUAGCCAAAGAGUCCAACUAAAGUUUAUUAAAUUCAGAGAUUGUUUGUCCCGGACAUUUGCUUAUCUACACCUAUAAUCUAUAUUUUAGCCACCAGUUUCUUUUAUGACAAAGACAUUUAUUUUGACAUAUUUUAGAUGUUUUUUCACAAUGUGAAGCUAAUGGGUCACAUGUCUGUGGGCACAGGAAAUGAAAAAUGCUUUAUUGAUUUUACUAAACUUACUAAAUGCUGUACAGCUUUUUUGUGCACUGUUAGUUUGUUGCACCCUUUAGGAAAAUUUAUUGGAACCCUUUCAAGAUGGUAAUCACUAUCCUACAUUGUUAUCGUCUUAGAUAAAGAUGUGACUGAACUGCAAAUUAAAAUUCAGUGUAAAAAUAGAAAGUGAUAAGAUUACUUCUAAAAAAAAAAAAUGCAUGGAGGCGUUGGAUAAUUCUCAAGAAAAACAGAGUUUUUUUUGUUUGUACUUAAAACAUUGUAAAAAGCAUCUAAAUGUUUCAUUUUUCUCAUGUAACUGAAUAAUAGUCUAAGAGUUUGCAUAUUCUGCAUGGGUUUCCUUCAUGUGCUCCGGUUUCCCCCACAAUCCAUGCAGUAUAGGUGAAUUGGAGAUGCUAAAUUGUCCGUGUGUGUGUGUGUGUGUGAGAGAGAGUCCCACGUCAUGUAAUGGGGAGGGUUGGGGAAAGACCUGGGCAACCUACCCCAGAAAAAUCAUUGCCAAGAAAAUUCAUGGACAGUCUCUCACAUAUAUAUGGCAAGAGAUGGACAUAGAAUCUCCAAGAGUCGGAUUAAAGACUGAAAUGGUAAUUGAUAGCUAGAACUUGAUAAUCACACACAAAUGAGAUCUGAAGGACAUUCUAACAAGUUACUUUAAUAUUUGAAAUAUUACCUAUUGAAGUGUUUCUAAACAAAAUUCUCUUUAAAUUUCUCAUUUUAAAAUAUUUUAACCCCUGAUCAUUUUUUGUCUAUUUUUGUCUAAGAGAGAACUGGAUCUUGGUGAAAUGGUGGAGGAUCUUAAAUGUGAUGAGCUCAAAAAGUUAAAGCAUUUAAUGAAUCACCGUGAAUAGAGAUCCCAUUUGUUUAGGAAAGCAAACGACAGGUGUGAGUUGACGUGUUUGUGGGGAUUCAAGGAAUCAGUGAAAGCCGUUCAUGAAGAAGCUGCCUCGCAAUGAUGAAUUUGUGACAGACCGACUGAAGCCAUACGUGACACAGUUUGACCUCGAGGGUUAGAGGCCUUUUACUGACCUUGCAAUCGUAUUGUGAAUAGACAUCAGUAUAGAAGCACUUUACGUGAACAGAUUACUACAGAUUGGUAUUAUAUCUGACUCUUGUUUCAUUGUACUUCAUCUGCAAAUUCUAUGUAUAACUGUGUAUGUGAUUUUGUAAAUUGUAGAUUGUAUAAAUGUUCAGGUUUCUUACAUGUACAUAUAUUUAUUUAGCAGAUGCUUCAAUCCAGAGUGAUUUACAAAUGAGGAAUACAACAUUGGCAGUAACAUGAGAAGUGCUGCAAUAUGAAUAUAUACUGUAAUUAUGACAAUAAAUUGUUUCUCUCUGUUAAUCUAUUUGAGAAUUAUGUGCAAAAAUUUCACAAAUGAAAUGUACAGCCUAAUAUUUCUUGAUGAAAGUGGAAUCAACAGACAAUAAGUAAACAAUAAAAGUUUGAUAAAAGGAA